CAGCUAGGAAAACAGACUCCAAAGGGGGAAGUUCCCAGGGUCACACAGCAGGUCAGAGCCAGGAACAGACCUUAGGAGGCCGGCCUCACCAUUUUGGGUUCCAAGCACUAAGGGCAAAUUCAGGCCUGGUGUAAGCAGGAGAAACUCAAUGGUGGAGCUGCAGCUACUCACAGCAGCUCUGAAUUGGGGACCUCACUGUUGAAAAGCCCCAGUGAGGAGUGUGUGUGGAGACAACAAGGUACUCUCCCAAGGGAUCCCAUGAGACGCCCAGCACCUCAAGUUCAUGGCUAAUCUAGUCUGCAAAGGAAUAAGCCUGCCAGCAAAGAGAACGACCUUGCACCAGAGGGGCGAGCCGGACAAGGUCAUUAAAUCCUCUUUCGCAUGGAUGAGCAAGCACCAAGGCCAGUGAUUAAUGGGGCUGCCUUCAGAGCGGGGUAGGGGACAGGACAGGAGAGAGCCAAGGACCUGGGGAAGGAAGGACUGAGCCAACAAACUAAGGAGGGGGAAGGAGCUGAAGAGAAACAAAGGAGAUGAACCUGUGGGAGCUGCCCGGCUCCGCCUAGGGAGGUGCUAGCUAUUGUCAUUCCCUGCUAAUUGUGGGGAAUUGUCCGCAACUCAGCUGGCAGCUGGCCAGAUUGAUUAGUCACAUAAAACCCAAACACAGGGUAGGACUCCAGGGGCUGGAUUAAUCUCCAUCCUAACCCUCCCUGACCGCCUUACUCCAGCCAGGGAUACCACCCUGUUAUUCCUCUCUAAGCACCAUUUACCGCUCUGAUGGAAGGUCCCAUCCUGCCAGCCCUGAAGUCCGAGGUCUGUACAGCCCAGGCAGCGCCAAUGCCAGCUCCUCUUAUGUUACCUUCACCCCUGAUCUGGAUCAUGGUGGCCAGGGUGCAGAGCCUGGGGAGUUUGCUAUUUGGAAGGCCCUGGUUGGAAAUCAAGGGGAAAAGCUGUUCCUGAAACUCUACGGAAUUGUUAUUUGUGUUUCAGUAGCACUUAGAGGACCCAAUCAAGUUCAAGCCCCAUUGUGCUAAACACUGUAAAGAAACAUAGUAAGGCACAGACCCUGUGCAAAGCUUAUAGACAAGACAGACAAAACGUGUGAAAAAGGAAGCAUUAUCACCAUUUUACAGAUAGGAAAACAGAAGCACAGAGGAUGGCCCUGAUCCUCUAGGCCAGUGAGACUCAAGACCUCGGUGGUUCAGGAGCCAAAUUAGUGAUCAACAUUACCCAAAAGAGCCACAGUCGUGUGAAUUCAUGGUUUCAUUUACUAGCUAUACACAUGCAUAUAUAUUAGUCUCACAGCAAAAUGACUGAUCAAGUAUUCUACAAUUGGUUAAUAACCUAGUAAAAGCAUCCUGUUUAGUUAAUAAUUAAAAUCACAUGUUUUAAUAUCACAUGCUGCAGAGAUCCACAGGAGCCACAUUAAAGAGCCACUUGCAGCUCCCGAGCCUCAGUCUGAGUAUCUCUGCUCUAGGUAUUUAGGUGCCCUUAACAUUUUCAAAACUGCUGCUCAGCUAUCGCCUAACCCCGUAGGUGCCCAAAUCCCCUAAACCCCUGCUGGACAGCAUUCACAAAGCCCUGACGCUGCCCUGCAGCAAACCAGCCAUUUGGACCCCUGGAAGUCCUGAAGCAGGAUUCUCAAACCAGGCAUGUAUCAGAGGGGUAGCCGUGUUAGUCAAACAUGGCAACUUCAAACCAGGCAAGGGAAUUCCUAUCUUGCUGGGGAGCCUGAUCCUCUAGGUGUGCACUGAACACACCUACGACGUGCUACCUGUCAGACCCCACAGUGGAAGGACUGGAUGCAGGCCACUGGUAGGACAGCACAUGCAAAAGAGAGUUGGUGGCAGAGGAAAAGAAGGACAAAUAGGAGAGGUACUGAGUGUGAGCCGAGUGGAAGGAGGCACCAAUCUCUGGCCCAACAGCUCAGGACACCAAGUUAGCCAUUUAGGCUCCCAAAUCCCGCACCUCUCCCCAGCAUUUCACUUCUGGCUACCAUAGGCAGCUCCUCACUCAGCUUGUGGGCUUCUGAGGAUCCCUUGCUUAGGUGCCUAAUUCUGCCCUAGGGCUGCCACCGCCAAGAUACAAAAAAAACCCUCCAAAAACCCCAAAAAGCAGCCACUGGCCACCCUACCACCACCAAAAAAGGCCCUAGUGCCGCUGGUGAGCUUGGGGUCCAUCCUGCUUCCCAGAGCCUUCAAGGGAGUCCCCCUACCCUAUUCUCCCCAUACGUUGUAUGGGGAGCUUGGGCACCGAGGGCUGAGACCGCUAGACAGCAUGGCACCUAGGGGCCAGGCUAGGUGUUGCAAUGCUGAGCAGAAAAUCUGGGCCAAAGUGGUUUGCCCAAGGCCACGGCAGUCAGUGGCAGAGCCAGGAAUAGAGUCCAGAUCUCCUCAAUCCCAGCCCAGGGAAAGGCUUCUGUCCUCUGAGGCGCAUGCACCGGAGACGGAGCUCUGAAGUGCAAAGCUCUCCCUUGCUGGCAUUGCAACACCAGCGCCGUCACAUAGCGAGGCCAGGCCAGCCAGUCGGGGGUGCCAUUUGGUCGACAAAAUGCAGAGAUUGUUCUCGCUUCCUGCUGAUGUCCCGGCCGAGCCCUACAUGGCCCCGGAGAGACAAACCUCCCUGCAGUGGGACACUCACUGGCCUCGCACCCACCUCCUCUUCGGACAGUGACUCCGGCUGCGCCCUGGAAGAGUACCUGGAACGCGCAGCAGACGCUGCCCCAGCAGAGGUAUCUUCGUGCUUCGAGGCUCCCUCAGCGGACAGGGUGCCUGCUGCCACCAGGAGCCAGCUCCGCAUCAAAUCUCUCCUUCAGCAGCUGCCCCCGCAGGACUGCAAUGACAGGUACUGCCCUGGCCUUGGGGAGGAGGAGAGGAGACAACUGCAAGCGUUCAGUGCCCGUCGCAGGCAGGAGUCACUGGGGCAGGGAUUUGCAUGCCUUGUGCCCUCUGCCCACCUUUGUGAAAAGUGCGGCAGGAGGUUGAACACAGGGGACCUGGGGGUUUUUGCAUCCAGGCUGGGGGACCGGUCCUGCUGGCAUCCCUCCUGCUUUGUCUGCCACUCCUGCCACCAGCCUCUGGUUGACCUGAUCUACUUCCACCAGGAUGGGAAGCUCUACUGCGGCCGACACCACGCGGAGUUCUUCCGGCCACGCUGCGCCGCAUGCGAUCAGCUGAUCUUCACAGACGAGUGCACAGAGGCCGAGGGCAGGCGCUGGCACACGGAGCACUUCUGCUGCCUGGAGUGCGACCUGCCUCUUGGGGGGCAGAGGUAUGUCAUGAAGGGCGGCAGACCCUGCUGCUGCAGCUGCUUCGAGAGCCUCUACGCGGAGCUCUGCCAGGCCUGCGGCGAACUCAUCGGUAGGUAGCAGGCAAACCAUGCACGGCUCUGAGCUCGGUGA